AUGGCACACACAUCCUUUGACAUGCAGGCGUUCCACGCUCAAAUCGACGAUGCUCUCAAGAAGCACUUCCCUCCUUCGUCGCCGCCAACUCUCCCACAUCCUUCAGCUCUUGCUCGCGCGGCAGCCUCCCUUCCCAAGGCCUCUGAUGCUCUAUUGAAACCCCUCGGCGUCUCUGCCACGACAACUCAUCUCCUCGACGAUAUCGUGCCUGCCCUCUCUGGCCAGGCCCUCUCACCACGCUACUAUGGCUUCGUCACCGGCAGCGUUCACCCCGUCGCCCAGGCCGCCGAAGCCGUCGUCGCCGCUCUGGACCAGAAUGUCCAGGUCCACCUCCCAGAUCAGACCAUCGCCACUGACGUCGAGGCAUCGGCCCUCGACCUCCUCGCCGACCUCCUCGGGCUAUCUCAUCCGCAGACCGGCGCCCCGCGCGGCAUCUUCACAGGCCGCACCUUUACGACUGGCGCCACGGGGAGCAAUAUCCUCGGCUUGGCGUGCGCAAGAGAACAUGUUCUUGCACGGCGCGUGCCGCCAGGUUCACCCUCGGUGGGGGAGCUUGGAAUCUUGGGCGCCUGCGUCGCGGCAGGGGUCACGAAUAUUCAGGUUCUGACGAGCAUGGGCCACAGCUCGCUCUCCAAGGCAGCAAGCGUUGUAGGUCUGGGCCGGGCCAGCGUCAAGCAGAUGGCCAAGAGUCCCGAGCGGCCGUGGCUUCUCGACGUGGAUGCUGUCGAGAGAGAGCUUGUGGCGAGAGACGGGACAGGCGUCGCGACCAUUAUUGCGGUCACAUUCGGUAUCUUUGCCGCCGCACUCGCUCCCGGAACCGUCUUCGACAAGCUCCGCGAACGGGUUUCAGGCGUUCACCUCGCAGAUAGCAUCGCGGUAGACGGACACAAGCUUUUGAACGUGGUAAGACGAGAUUUCUGUCCUUGGUCUCGAUUGAUUCACAUCAUUGGGGUAUACUCUGCUGACAAUCCACUCAAGCCGUACGACUGCGGCAUGUUCUUUACCCGGUCACUGCCCACCUUGACCAAUGUCUUCACCAACCCAAACGCAGCCUACCUUGCCUCGUCUGCCGGCGCCCCGAUCCCCAGCCCCCUAAAUGUCGGCCUCGAAAAUUCACGUCGGUUCCGGGCCCUGCCAGCGUAUGCAGUCCUGCGUAGCGAAGGUCGCAAGGGUAUGGCCGCCAUGCUGGGUCGCAUGGUUGAGCUGGCGCGGCGAAUCGCGUGUUUUGUGCGUGACUCGGAACACUACGACUGGCUGCCCGAUGGUGAGGCAGAUGUUGAUGAUACGCACAUCAUCGUCUUGCUUCGGGCAAAGAACCUCGCGCUGAAUGAUGAGCUCGUGGCGCGAAUCAACGAGACGAGAGAUAUGUACGUCAGCGGCACUUCAUGGGGCGGACGAAAGGCAGUGAGGGUGGCGAUCGGUAGCUGGCGGGUCGAUGUUGAAAGAGACUUUGCGGUCGUGGAAGCGAUCCUGUCCGCCGUUGCCGAAGGUCGUCCGUACGCCGCAGCUGUCUAG